AUGUGGCGAAGAAGGCUUGGAAAUGUUUGGAAGGCGGCAAUGAUCUACCGCAUCUGGCCAAAUCAACGACAUCUCAAACGCAUUUGGCGGACGUUAAUAUGUCGUGGCGAGCCUUGGAGAGGUGGAAGAGAAGUGGUGAGGCGAGGAAGCGAUCGAACGACGAAGCCCGCAACGUCGACCGAAAAUGAGAAACGAGCCCUGGGGGGGACUAUGUCGUGCCCAGAUAGCGAUUAG